UCGCGUUAGAGGAGAAAAUCCAUAUAAAUAAUAUUUUACGGAACCCUGCUGCUGGCAUUAUUAACAUCAUGUCGCGAUGCGCAGGCGCGAUUGAUGAAUAGAAUAAAAUGCUGUGGGCACCGUUCUCUCGUGUAGCUCGAGGAUACGCUAGGCAAACCUCGGCCAAGCCCUUUAUUUAACAGCUCACUCUGCAAUUCACCGCCAACGUCCGAAGCCGACACUCCAGUCCUUCUUCUUCACCCCCGCCGAUGUUUACCUACCGUUUGGCCUUCAUGGCGUUCCUGGUCGCCACGCUGUUCUACUACUUGACGCCAGUUGAUGCCUUUCAGAGGACGACUGUUGGUCUUCAAGAGUCCACCACCACAGUCUUUCGAGAGCUACAGACGUACUCGUCGACCGGCUUCCAGACGCUGAUGCUCAACGCAGUCAACAAGCAACGCAUUGCUUACGGGCUAUCCAAAUUGUGCAUGAACAAGAAGCUACAGACUGCUGCCCAAGGCCACUCAACCAACAUGGCUGCCAAAAAUUACAUGAGUCACACUGGCUCAAACGGCUCGACGAUGUCACAGCGGAUCACGGCAGCGGGAUACAAGUGGAGCGCCUGUGCCGAGAACGUCGCGGCCGGACAAACAACGGUGGAUGCGGUUGUGACGGCGUGGAUGGCAUCUAGCGGACACCGCGCCAAUAUCUUAAGCACCAAGUAUACCAUGUUCGGUUGCGGGUACGCCUACAAAUCGGGUACUACCUACAAGCACUUCUGGACGCAGGAUUUUGCCUAUGGAAGCACCGAGAGCUGCUCGUAAGCUAGAAGUAACCAUCCCGUCGUAAUAGUACCGAAAUGAAUAACAUGAGAAGCUAAAGUGAGUCAAUAAAAAAUCGUCGUAUGUGCACC